CGGGAGCAUUGAACAUUCAACUUUCAACUCGUAGAUGCUACUACCUACUACUACUACCACCACCACUACUACAUGCUACCCUUGGGUACCUACACCCAUUGAUCCAAUUUUGAUGAAGUCGACCCUCCCAAUCACGUAACUAUCUUUCCAUCAAUUAAAAUUAAAAAUGGCGAAUCAUGAUCGUAAAAGGCGUUAUAGAGAUGAUGACGACUACGAUCGCCGACCGCAACGACGUCGCUUCGACGCGCCGCUUCCCGUCCGCAUACGCAAGCAGCUCCUAGGCCUAGCUGAAUCUCCUUUGCGACGCUGGCACGAAGAAGUUCAAUCUGUUGCCCAUGUCCUCGCUGACAACUAUGAAGAUGAAGAGUUGCGUACGAGCUUCUUGGACUUAGUGCUACAAAUGCUUAUUGAGCAGCCGCUCAAGACCCCGUUCGUGGCAGCUGUAGUACUCGUCGCCAAUUCACUGAAGCCCCAAGUAUUAAGUGAUCUCCUGGCCCGGGUCGCUACUGCCACAGAAGAGAAGGUCAGCGUAGGCGAAUGGCGCGAUGUGAAGCUAUAUCUAAAGUUCCUGGCGUGUCUGCAAAGCUCAUUGGAGGGCGAAGGCUUGUUUCCAUUGCUCGAAGAACUCUUUAGUCGAGCUGUUGACCUGCAGACUGCUAGUUCUGACGACACGAUUGGCACGGAACUCGUGAAGAUUAUUCUUCUGACGAUACCGUAUAUUAUGGCAGCUGCGCCUGCCCAGUGGCAGCAAAAAGCGGCAGAACUGAUGGAUAAAACAGACGUCAUUGCCUCGGAGCCGCAUGCCUUGCAGGUGCUGAUCGACCCGUACCAUGCCGAGGAGGGAGCAGAGAGCCCAACCGCAAAUAUGAGUCUAAUCGGACUUCUACAGAAGCAGCUCCAAACCGAAGCUUUGAACGGCUGGGAGCUUUCUUGUCUUCCAAGACCCUGGCAAAUGCCACCCGAAGAAAUCGAACAGCAGGAGAAACUAGAUAAUGCACAGAAGCACAGCUUACCACGCAUAUCCAUUCCGGAGAAAGUUGUUGCCGGCCCUCGCCCCCUUUUCCCCGAGAUAUACUUCUCGGUCUACGUCAACCAGGACGUCGAAUCUGUUCCUCCCGUCACUAGUAUCGCGUCGUCACUGAUUAGGGACGGUCUUCUCGAUACUAUUAACGUCUUGGACUUUAACCGCGGUGUAACCGCUCGUUUUCUCAUAGAUGUAGACUGCUAUUUUGCUCCUGGCACAUUCGUCAAGCGUGCCACCCCCUUCGAUCGACUCCGCGAUGUAGAAGGAGACCGCUCAACGUGGAAACCGGAAGAUGUCGCAGUCGACGCUGUGUUUUCACAAUUAUUUGCGCUACCCGCGCCAGAGCAUAAGCUGGUGUAUUACCAUUCCGUUCUUACCGAGGCUUGCAAAAUUGCUCCCGCAGCAGUCGCCCCCAGUUUGGGUCGAGCCAUUCGGUAUUCAUACCAAAAUACCCACCGCCUGGAUCUAGAGCUGUGUUACCGGUUCUUAGAUUGGUUCACUCACCACCUCAGCAACUUCGGCUUUAUGUGGAAAUGGACAGAAUGGGUAGAUGAUGUCAACUUGCCUGAUAUGCACCCCCGUAAAGCGUUCAUUCUCGGCGCUUUAGACAAGGAAAUCCGCCUAAGCUUCGCCCAGCGGAUCAAGGGCACACUGCCUGAGCCUUACCAGACCCUUAUUGGGCCUGAAAAGGAGCAAGAUACGCCAGAAUUUAAGUUUAACGAUGAUCACACCCCAUUCGCAGCGGAAGGCAGAGAAAUCGCAGCUCUUCUCAAACGCAAGGCCCCAGAUGAGGAGAUACAGCCUAUUAUCGACCGUAUCCACUCUGCUGCCCUCGAUCACGCUAUCGAUCCUCUCGUUUCUAGCACGGAUGUUUUCAUGACGGCCGUCUGCUGGGUAGGUUCUAAGUCGCUGUCACACGUACUAGCCUGUAUCGAGCGUACGAAAGACAGGCUUCUCGAUUCUGGGGCUGCCUCGGAAGCGGCCAGGGCACAAAUUAUUACUGCGGUAGUUUCCUACUGGUCCGCUCACCCGGGUGUUGCGAUCACCAUUAUUGAAAAGCUACUGAAUUAUUCGAUCAUUACGCCUAGCGCCGUUAUUGACUGGGCAUUGGCUGGCGAUCGCGCAGGUCCAUAUGGUCAAGCACUCAGCAAGUCUUGGGUGUUUGAACUAGUGUUUAAUACCGUAGUCAAAGUGACUAGCCGCCUCAGACAGGUUGUGAACAGCGGCUCGAACGAGAUUACCGAAGAGGAAGUGGCUAAUAUGCGUGAGCUCUUCAAAAAUAUGGAAGAUGCCUUGAUCAGCUGGGCACAAGGAACCAAAGAUCAGAUUAUGGACCCCGUUGUAUCGGACGGCGGGGAGGAUAUCAUUAAACGCUGGGGUGAGAGGUGGCUCAGGGUAUUCAGGCGACGAUCUGCUAUCGAAGAGACGUUCUUACUGGAACAUAAAACGGUUUCGUAAGGUGAGCUGGAAGAUCGAUAAUAUAAUGAGGUUUUGGAGUCAUGGGAAUGUAGCAUUAACAAAAAAAGGCAUGUGGACUUGAUAGCUUUUUUCUCGUGCAUUCGGGCUUAGUCCUAUACAAAAUUAGAUUAAUGAAAAUCAAGCCUUGGCCUCACCUGCAAAAAAAAAUCGUGCUCCGAGCUAAUAAUCAGCAAGUCGGUUUUCGAUUUAAACUACUAUAAAAUAACUGGACACAUUAUUAUAUAUAGU